GAGGUGAAGAUCCAGAUGCAGGAAAGCCUGACCUUGCUGAGGAAGCCCUGCCUCUCCCACUCCACCUGAAGCUAAGAAUGCUGCACAGCCUUGGGAAGGUUUGAGCCUGGUUGCUCUCAGUUCUUCCCAGCGUGGAUGCGUUCCUGCCUUUCCCAGCCUGCAGGAGUCAGAGGGCGCUGUGCAAGCACACUGAGUCAAGGCCCAGUGGUGAUGGUGGCAGCAGUGGUUGGCCAUGGAUGAGGCUGGUGGCCCUGAGGAAGACUGCUGGGUUGUUCCUACAGUACCUGAGGAUGCUGGACAAAGAGAUCAUCCCCAUGGAUUUCUAUGGGGUUGCGAUAUACGUCCAGCCAUUACUUUUGUUCUCAUUUGCAUUUUUAUAUGGAGAAUUUUUCAAUUUAUUGCAAGCAGGCUUUAUGUAGUAAAAAAGAAAAAGCUUGCUGUAGAACACUCUGGACUAAUAAAAGAAAAUUGUGAUCUACUUGACAAACCUAACUUUCUAGAAAAAGAGGCAACCAAUGAACAGCUGAAGAUUUGCAAAUCUAAGCUGGACGAUAAAGUUCUUUCCGUUGAAAAACAAUUUGAACAAGAAUUGGAAAAAUGUGAUCGACCUGAAUUGGUGGCAAAGAUUUUACCAGCGUUACAGGCCCUAAAAGAUGGAAGAAAGUCCCUCAACUCACAAAUUGCUGACGCUACAACAACGACCAGACCAUUUCAAAUUAUUCAUGAGGCAAUUAAGGCAGAACUAGAGAAGGUUUUCAAUGAAAAUGUGCAGCUUCACCAAGAACUGUUGCAGCUUUCAGAAGAACCUGGACCAUGGAAAGAAAAAUUACGGAAAGCUGCUGAUGAAGCACAAAUAGGACUUGAAAACACUAAAAUACGCAGAAAACAACUUCUGAGGGAUGCACGAGGCCUCUUUGAGGUGAAAGACCCGUCUUCAUCUCUCGUCGUUGUAGAAGACACAACUAAAAAUAAUGACAAGACAAACUUGAACGUGAAGAAUGACGAAAACAAUUGUGGUCCUUUAGGCUAUCAGCAGGGAAAAAGAUGGCCGACCUCGAGGAGCUGUUAUAAGGUGGAGAACAAAGAGAGAAGGACCGAUCCAGCCGAAAAACAAACCAGGAGACACAGAAUUGCAGGGAGAGGAGUGGGAAAGACACUAGACUGCACUGAAGUAAGAUCAACUCAGCCUGCAGGGACAGUGAGAAAAAAAAAGAAAAGAAAGAGAGGACGUCGCACAGGACUUG